AUGACGACGGCGGUGGUCGAGCUGUUCGAUCGACAGAAUCGUCGGGUUACAGCACGGGCUCUUUUGGAUUCCUGUUCUACGGUGAACUUGCUAACGGAGCGAUUUGCUCAGCUAUUAAAUUUGCGUACCUAUCCGUGUUCAAUUAACAUAGGAGCGGUGGAUGGUCUGUGCACAGUCUCAACCCGUUACGCGAGGGUCGUGCUAAAUUCUCGCUAUAACAGCUUCGCGCAACCAUUGAGAUGUUUGUUGCUGCCGCAGAUCGCUAGUGCAGUACCUCGGGACGCGUUCGCGCGAGACCAAUUCGAUAUUCCGCAAAACAUUCAGUUAGCUGAUCCACAAUUUCAUUUGUCAAAACCUAUAGAUUUGCUAGUGGCAGCUAACAUCACCUUGUCGGUUCUCUCAGUCGGACAGAUCAAGAUUGAUCAUGACGAGUCGUCGCUAGUUCUGCAAAAAACUCGAUUAGGUUGGAAUACUGCCGGAGGCUCGAGAAAUUUGAACCCAAACACCACUGUAUCGUGUAACGUCGUGAAGUUGGAUAAACUCAUCGAGAGAUUCUGGCUGAUCGAAGAUUUCGAUCACGAACCAUUAAAAUCACGCGACGAAGUCUCAUGCGAACAACAUUUCGUAACUAAUACUCAGCACGAUAGUACGGGUCGAUACGUUGUACGUCUCCCAUUCAGAGAUUCUAAAUUUCAAUUAGGCGAAUCUCGUACCCAAGCCUUCAAGCGUUUUCAGUCUUUAACGAGAAAACUUGCUGCCAAUCCUUCGUUGAGGCUUGAAUACGGUAGGGUGAUGGAUGAGUACAUCUCUCUUGGUCAUAUGACUCUGUGUGACGAUGCUGAGGGCGGAUGUUACUUGCCUCAUCAUGCUGUGAUCAAAGAAUCCAGCGAAACGACCAAGGUAAGAUUAGUUUUCGAUGCUUCGGCAAAAACGUCCACGGGCAUCUCACUCAAUGACGCGAUGUUGGUCGGGCCCACCAUUCAGAACAAUAUUUCCGAACAAGUCGUCCGGUUCCGUACACAUCGGUAUGUGAUUACUGCGGACAUCGAAAAGAUGUACCGACAAAUUCUCGUUCAUCCAGACGACCGACAGUUUCAGAAGAUUUUCUGGCAUUAUCAGGGUAAAACCCAAACAUUUCAGCUCAAUACCGUGACCUUCGGUACUGCAGCGGCUCCUUUUUUGGCUAUCCGCACCCUCCAACGACUUGCUCGCGACGAAGCUCACGCGUUUCCCCGUGCCAGCAAACUUCUCCUCAGAGAUUUUUACGUGGACGAUUUUAUCUCGGGAGCCGAUCAUCCUGAUGAACUUAUCCACAUUCGCGAUGAAAUGAUUGCUCUGUUAGCUCGGGGAGGGUUUUCUAUCCGUAAAUGGGCUUCAAAUCAUAGCCCGUCUUUAAAUUCUAUCGUGAAACACAAAUUCGAUCUGGAUUGCUUGAUCAGAAAUGAUCCGAUCCAGAAGACUCUGGGUAUCAUUUGGGACGCUCAGGGCGAUUUGUUGCGGUACACGAUUCACCAAAUAGAUCCCAAGGCAGUCGCCACCAAACGUAAGAUCCUUUCCGAAUUAUCUAAGAUUUUUGAUCCAUUAGGGUUAUUAGGUCCAGAAACGCUAUACGCGAAGGUAUUAAUUCAGGACUGUUGGAGGGCUAAGGUCACUUGGGAUGAGUCGCUACCUCAGGAGAUUCAUACCAGGUGGAGUGAACUGGCUCUCCAGCUUCCUGUGUUAUGCGAACUAACAUUUCUUCGGCAAAUUCGGUUACCGGAUUCAUCAUCGAAUCAAAUUCACGGUUUUUGUGACGCUUCCAAAUACGGAUACGGAGCGUGUUUAUAUCUUCGAUCGCGCGAUUCACAUGGAGAAAUUAAUGUGAAUUUAGUUUGUAGCAAAUCGCGUGUCGCACCUACGAGUGGAGUCACCAUCCCUCGAUUAGAGCUUUGCGCAGCUAGCCUUCUUAAAAAUUAUACAGAUUCGGAAUCUGUCUUAUCUCUCAAGCGUCACCGGAAUCCAUUUACUCACGUUUUUCAGACUUUAAUCGUCUGCUGCGAGUAA